UUUCAAAUGCAAGAAGAGAUAACAGAAGCCCCCCUAAAAGGUAUUUGCCUUUAAGCCCGGCAUCUCUCUAUUACUCUGCAGACCAUGGCCUCUAGCAUGAAGAAUUUCAUCCACUCUUUGGAUCCAAAAUCCCUACCUCGAAUUCUGCAAAUCCAGUCUGGCUUUUAUGAUGAAGGUUCGAUGUAUGAAAAGCUUGGCCAUGAAUGUUGCUUGUCCACAGGUGAUGUGAUUAAAGUUGUUGCAUUAGAAAUAAAAAAAAUCUUUGCAAACAAUCUAGGAAGUGAAGAUGUAAGCAUACAGUCCACUACAGCAGAACUACCUCUAAAUUUUCCAGGACUUUGUAAGGUAGUGGCUGAUAAAACCCCAUACGACAACGUUAAAGAAAUUGUAAACAAAGUUUGGAUUGGGCCAACACAGCAGGAACAACCAUGCUUCUGUUGCUCUAAGGAUAUCCAGGUAGAAAACCUGACAAUCAAACAGGGGGAGAAAAUUGUAUUUAUGUCUGUAGAAGAUCACAAUGCGACCCUGACCGUGAAUUGUGAAAUCAAGAGGAAUGGCCAGGUACACACCUUUCUUUUGCCACAUUCUCAAGAAGGAGAUUUCUAUGAAUGGCAAGAUGACCAAAUAUACACCCUGGAAGAGAUUGCCAAAUGGAAAAUCCCAAAGAGCCGCACACGGAAAGUUCUGUUCCUUAAUACUGGCGAUGCUGGAUACUCUCCUGAACUUCUGCCUAAGAAUUUUGGGAGCUGUGGAAUUCUAGAAGCUAUAUAUGAAGUUCAUGCUGUGAUGAAAUUUCAAAAAGAGAUUGUUCAUUUCCAUUCUGAUUUAGAUGUUGAAGUUGAAGAUGUCACUGACCAUUACAAUAUUAAUACUUUUCUCCAGCCAUUAUCAGUGAAAGAUAUAUUAGAAAAGGCAGGGACUGGAUCCCCUUUUGUUGUUGCCAUAAUUGAAGACUCCAUUAGAAACAAGCAUUCUUAUAAUUUCCUGUGUCCUGGCAGAGAAAUAGUAAUUUACAAAAAGUAUCAGGCUGGAAGAAUCUUAGCAUCUGAAAUCAAGAAUACUUCCUCUAAAAGAUACUUUUUAAUUCCUGAGAGCUACAAAGGGAAAUUCAAAAGAAAACCUCGCGAAUUCCCAACUGCCUAUGACCUGGAAAUAGCAAGGAACAUGAAGGAAAAGCUUCAUGUUAUAGCUACCAAAGCUUUUGACUGUCCGCAUGAAGAGAUGUGCUCGGUUUCUGUUGGAGAUGAGUUUUUGAUUCCCAGAUACCAGAAAGUUGUUGAAUAUGAAAGGAAGUGUGUGAAGACUGCAUUACCUUGUGAACAAAUUAUCUUGCCAGAUAAAGUCAAUAAGGCCAUCCUUCUUCCAAUGUUCAUGGAAGGAGGCUUCAACGAAGUGGUGCAUGAUAGGAAUCAAUAUGAUAUUUCGGAGCUUUGCAACAAUUUCCACCUUCCGUUAAAUGUCACAGUUGGCAUAAGGGAUCUUUCCACCCAGGAGGAUAUUUUGGCUGGCAUUCCCUAUCUGCAGCUUGAAGAGGAAAUCAAUGAUUCUUACUUGUUAAUCAGCAAUUUCAAUAAUCCCAAAGAAAUUUGGGAAGUUUCUGUACACUGUUUAAAUAUGUCCUUUCAAUUGCUGAGAGAAUAUCCAGAUGAUACUGUGCGUUUCCCAAUAAAGUCAAUUGUAGAAGAGAUUACCGAAGACCAGUACUAUAUGAUGAGAAAAUAUAAAAAUCAAGCCACAAUCCCUCCACCCAGACCUCCUAAAAUACACAUUGUAGAAGAAUCCAAAUAAUAUUUUCCCGUUAUUCCGGUUCACCAUCUUUUUGAUACACCAGAAGAUGACAAGAUAGAGGACACAUAGAAAGAUGCUAGUUAUAAAACAAAAACCCAGCUUCUCAUUUUAUUACAUGUCUAGUUAUUAUUAUUGUUCCAAAAACCAUUUAGUUCCACAUUUGUGUGUUCCAGACUGUUGGUGGUUUUCAUCACACCCUGAUUCCUUUAUAAUUCUUUGUAUUUAUUUAUUGCAUUUAUACCUGCUGCAAUUACAAGACUCUUGUCAUUAAUUCACCUUGGU